AUAAUUUUGCUGGAUCCGGCCACACGUGCAUAUUCCUGGUACCAGCAUAUGCGCGCACACAACGAUACAACAGCAGUGAAUUAUAGGCUGGAAGAAAUCUUGGAUGCAAAUGUCUCGUCGAUAGCAUUGCGUCGUCUUAGAAACCGCUGUAUUUCACCAGGAAGAUAUGCGCAUCAUCUGGAGCAUUGGCUGGAUUUUUAUCCGCCAACGCAGAUUCAUCUCGUUGAUGGCGAAAAACUGCGUGAAGAUCCGGUGGCAGUUGUGUCUCGUCUGGCUGACGAACUCCAUGCGCCAAAAUUUGCCUUCGAUAAUCUCAUCAAAUUUGAUGAAAGAAAAGGAUUUUUUUGUAGUUAUAUCAGCGGUACACGAAAAUGUCUGGGUGCAAGUAAAGGGCGCAGGUAUGAACCUCUGGACGAGAAGCUUCGGGAAAAAUUGGAUCUUAUUUUUAGAGAAGACAAUAUAGCCUUACAUAGGCUUCUAACACGCAGUGAUUUACCUGUCCCAGGUUGGCUCCAGCAACAACUUUCCAAGGCGAAUUUCACUUGA